AUGAGAGAGAAACAAAUCCAGUACCAGAAGAAAUAUGUUGGCAAGAAGAAGAAACCAAAUUGCUUUCAAGUAGGAGAUAAAAUCAUUCAAAGAUGCUUCAAGAAUGAUGCAUUUGGUCUAGCUUGGGAGGGACCUUAUGAAGUUUUAGAAGUUUUAUCGGAAUCAAUUUAUAAAAUAAGACGAAACGAUUCAGACGUCAAGGUUCACAUUGACGACUUACGCCUUCUUCCAGAAAAACAACCACUAAGUUAUGAAAUGUCAAACCUUGACUCUGAAGAAGAAGACGACUACAACGAAGAUGACAAUGGACAGCUCAGUAAUAAUGAGUUCAACAUGGAAUAUUUUCCCGAUAAUGACAAAUUUCAUGACCAAGAAGGACAUCUAGGAAAUGAAAUAGAAGAGUUCCUUUUAUCCUUAGAUGAAUUUGAGGAAGACCGUCACUCUGAAAAUGAUGGAAGCUACGUACCGAAUUUGAUAUCAUCAGUGCCUGAUAGCAAUCAAACACAACCCCAAACUAGGCCGAACAAAACACGAACAUGCAAACCUCCUGCAUACUUGCAAGACUACAUUUGUGAUUAA